UAUAUAGUCUGUCUUUAAAUUUAUAUUUUAAUAAUAACUUUACAUCGUCGCGCGGAUAUUCUUUGCGCGCGUGCGAUACUUGCUCGAUCCUUGUGCGUGCGACAAAUGUAUUAUUUUUUAACACAGACGUGUGCGCUAGAGAUAGAAAAAAAAAAGAAAAGAGACAAAAGAGUUGUGCGUUUUAACAAGCGUUUCUUAACAAUUUUAUUAAUCGUCGUCGCGCGAGCGAUCGGCGCAUUUGAAAGUUCUUCGAAAGGUAGCAUUCAUAGGUUUAAGAAAAUUUUUUACUACUGCAAAACUACUCUCCGAAAUGAAAAGUCCACGAUGUGAUAAAUCUCGAUCGAUCUCGCGUAACUAUCGGUGUAUGUAUGCGCGCAUGCGCAUUUUGUAUGUGCAUUGUGAUCAAUAUCAUAAUUAACGAUCAUCGUUUUAAGACUACUGUUGCGGCAUAUUGUAAAUUUUAAUCGCGAUAAGGUGAAAGGAUAAAACGCGGUGCCGUUAAUUAAUAAUAUAUAUAUAUGUAUAUUCGGUGCCUCUCGUAUAAGUGAGAAACUUUUUCCGUAUCUAAAGUAGAUGAUAAAAUGAUAUAUCGGGGGUAGGGGGAGAUAGAGAUAGGAUCCUGUUUUCUUCCUAGAUCGGCAAAAUUUCCCGUAAUUGUGCCCUUUCUUUGCGCAUCGCUGUAAAAUGAUAUAUCGUAAAUGAUAUAAUAAUUAUAAUAAUUGAAGAUAUUCUCUCUCAAACGCUUGUUGUGAGUCUUUUAUUAUGCGUAAUUAAUUAAUGUUAUUAUUUGUAUUCGCGAAACUCUCUCUUUGCUUCUGCUUGCUCUUGUAAUUUGCGUCUUAGCGGUUAAUGUGGUUACGUUAAAGCUUACCGAUAAGCGAGAAUAUCAGGCACCGCAGAUCUGAUCAAACCGGAAAUUAAAACUUGCGGUUGCAAAUCCACGGGAAGGAAAAAACCGUGCGAUACAUAUACAUAGAAAUACAUACUAAUUGCGAUUAAUUUACUAUUAAUAUACUAUUAAUAUAAAAGAUUGAUAUUCUCUCUCGCGGGAUCGGCGCAAUAUAUUUCACGUUGAUUUUAUAUGUGUUUUGAAAGAUUAAUGUAUAAAUAUAUAUACAGCUAUCGAGCAAAAUUUAGCGCGCUAAAUCGCAUGUAUUCUAUAUACAUUAUGCGUUAUAUAUUGUUUCGAGGUGCGAUUCUGUAGAUAAUAAAUUUUUACACAUAAACUAUAUAUAUAAAAUAUAUAUUGUAUAUAUAUAGUUGCUGUGGCGCGAAAAUGGAGGAAUCUAAAGUAGCAGAGACAAUCGAUUUCAUUAUUGAGAUGCUUGUAAAUACAAAUGUAAACUAAAUUCUAAGGAACGACGAGACAAAGAGCGAUAUUUAUUUCGGAAAGAAUAGUGAUUGUGAUCGUGUUAUUUAUUAUUAAUCCCAAUGUAAAUGUGCGUAAGAGAACACACACAUUGACAACAAGAUUGUAAAUAAAUAUAUUACUACGAGAGGUAUUUGAACGCGCGUGUGUUUGUAUCCCUGACUCUCUGAAUUGAAUCAAACUUCAAACAGCAGGACGUCACGUGACCCAUUUUUUUAGAGUAUUCUAAACCUAAACGAUACUGUUGCGUUUGAACGGAGCAGCAAGAUUGUUGUCAAAUUGCAAAUACUUAUUCGUUCUAUAAAAAAAAAAAAUGAAUGUAACACAGGUCGGUCCACCGAGAAGAGGACGCGCUUUCGCGAGAGGAAGAGUUAUACCGAAUGCGCAGCGCGUUACAAACCUCUUUCCGAAAUAUCAAUUCAAUUCCGGCUUUCUGAGUUUCGGAGCCGCGAACUCCAGUACAAAAACGCCGAGAUACAAUCGCAGAGAAAAUUACGUCUCUACGUCAUCGCACCUGCCGAGCACGUCUCAUUACAGUGGAAGGUCGUACAAUCCGAAAUCGACGCCGUAUGGCACAUCCAGCAACGCGGAUUCUUGGGUGAUGAUCGCGUUAACAGCUGGUCGAGGAGAUGCCAGGAACGAAGUCGGCUUGGCAGCGAUAGAUCUUCAAUAUCCGUACUUGAUCCUCUUUCAAAUCAGCGAUUGCCAAACAUAUGAGAAUACCUUGACGAAAAUUAACAUGCUCGACCCAGUAGAAGUACUGAUGCCCGAGACAAUGUGCGACGGCCGUGGAAAUAAAUUGUACAAAUCGAUCAAAGAGAAAUUCAAUGCUCUCAACAUCACGCCGAUUUCACGAAUACACUUCAACGAGUCGACCGGCAUGGAACGCGUGCGAACUUUAUGCGCCAGAGAAUACUCGACUGUGGAACUGAUAGUGAAAAAAAAGUACUACGCUUUGGCUGCGGCCGCGGCACUGUUAAAAUACGUGGAAUACGUCCAACACAUGGUUUACGCUCCAAAAUCGAUGCGGAUAGAGUUUCAAGGAUCACCGAAUACCACAAUGAUUGAUAUCGAGAGCGCACAGAGUCUGGAACUGGUUGUCUCGCAGUCGAAACAUACCAUUGUCAGUUUACUAGGCACGAUGGACCGCUGCUUGACCCCGAUGGGUAGGAGACUCCUGCGCGCUUCCAUCCUCCAGCCCAGCUGCGACGAACGUUUGAUCCUGAAUCGGCAGUCGUGCGUAGCAGAAUUGGUGGCCAAUCGUUCUCUAUUCAGCAGUCUUCAGCCGGUGGUACAACGCCUCUUCGGCACGGAUCGCUUGUUGACGUUAGCGUUUAAACCUUUAUAUGUCAAUGAUGUACAGAACGCAGAGCGAAACCUAAGCUAUGCGUUGCUCUUGAAGAGCUCCCUGGAUAUCAUUCCGGAAUUAGAAGCAAUCCUUGCGACUGGUACUCAUCCGUUCUUCGUCAAUAUGCGAAAGAAUUUACAAAACUCGGAAUUCCGUGUUAUAAAGGACAAGAUUUUGACAUUGAUACACACGGAUGCGAGAUUCGUGAAGGGUUGCACUUCCUCAAGUAUGCAGCGAUGCUUCGCUAUAAAAGCUGAUAUCAACGAAUUGUUGGACGUCGCUCGACAAGUUUAUUGCGAAUUAAUUAGCGACAUGAGAAAUAUGGUAGAGCAGUUAGCCGUGAAAUACAAGCUCCCAUUAUCCUUGGAUUAUAAUACGAGUUUGAGCUACCAUAUAAACGUUGCGAUACAGCAAAAUGUCAACAUGGCAAUCUCAGACUUGCCAGAGGAAUUUAUUCAGACGCGACAGAACAGGAGAUCCUUUACGAUGACCACAACAGCUCUAUUGACGUUAAAUAAACAGUGCAAGAAGGCUUGCGAGGAGAUCUACGUGAUGAGUAACACAUUGUUGACUUAUUUACUGGAGGAUAUAAGACAGCAUGUCGGCUGCUUGUUUCAACUGAGCGCCGAUGUGGCGGAAUUAGACCUGGUUCUGUCGUUGGCGCAAAUCAGCAGUAAUCCAGAAUACGUGAGACCUACAUUCGGGACGAAAUUAGAAUUAGUAAACUCGCUUCAUCCCAUUAUGGAGUUAUUUAACAGGGACUUACCCGUAGCUAACGAUGUGAACGCCUCGACCCCGUACAAUUUUCACCUGAUAACUGGGCCAAACAUGAGCGGCAAGUCCACGUAUCUAAAACAGAUCGUUCUACUUCAAAUCAUGGCACAGAUUGGUUCUUACGUGCCGGCAACGAAGGCGACGUUUCGCAUCGCGGAUCGCAUACUUUGCAGAAUGAGCUCCCGCAGUAACGAGCUCAACGUGUCCACCUACGUCGUCGAGAUAAAGGAGGUGCAAUACAUUCUGCAAUCCGUCACGUCCAGGUCCCUCGUGGUUUUAGACGAGCUCGGUAGACAUACCAGCGUCGAGGAAGCUUCGACCAUCGCUUGGUCAAUAUGCGAGAAAUUAUUGCUGACGACCGCGUUCACGUUUGCCGCGACGCACUUCUUGCAUCUCACCGCGCUGAGAAACAUGUAUCACAACGUGACAACUCAUUGCUUCGAGACGAAAACCGCGGAAUCGGAAGAGUCAAACGAACUACAUCUGAUAUACACGCACAAGCUGAUCCGCGGAAUAGGACCCACCAAUCACUAUGGCAUUUCUCUGGCGGAAGUGUCCUCUCUACCGAAAUGUGUGACGGCUAAAGCGCGGGAAUACGCGUCUCAGCAAUCUAAUGUACAGAACGAUCUCAAAUCCGUCGCUUCCCUGGCUUGGGAGAAAUCGUGCUACGACGCUGUUGCACAAAUACGCGCGCUGGUGGAGAACAAUCGUUUCAUUUUCGCAAAUAUCAUAAAUAUCGUGAAGCACCUGGAUCCGGGUAAGCGACGACUCGGAGCGAAGGAAGGAGCGCAGAUUCCCGCAUCUAUAAACGUCACGCGAGGAGAAGCGUCACGUGGGAAAGCCGAAGAGGAGAGCAGCUCCGCGUCGAACACUCAUCCAACAACGAGGACGGUCAACGACAACCCGACGUCGCUAGUUGAAUUGACGGGACGAAGUAGAGGUAAAUGCGAAGGCGAACCGAUGGAAAUUGUGGAAGCUGCCGCCGAUCUAAAUCCGAAAACCGCUCCAUCGAGGACAACCGAAUGUGAUCAACAUUCGAGGAUCGUUCGUUCGCGAUCUUCGAAUCCUAAUGCGUCGCAUUUCCAACCGUGCUUGAAAAAGGCCAAGUCGUCUGUCCAACAACUGCUGAUGAUCCCUGACCAAAAUAGUCCCGUCCUCAUCGAUCCGCGAUUUUAUGUUCGCACGUCCUUCAGCCAGGAAACAUCGGCACUCACGGAAUCAGAAGAGCGGACAGAGAGGAUUCUGCCAUGUGGUAGCUUAGGAUCCAAUGUCGCUUUAAACUCGAUAACGCCUUCUCCGUCAACAUCCGUUAAUUCCUGUAAAUAUCAUGAUUAUUGUUUAUCCGAGGGAGACUUCGACAUUCCAACUUCUCAAUCAACCUCGAGUACUAUAGGCAGGAUAAUGCAAAGAAUUUGCAACGAAAGUAUUAUGUCCGAUCUGCAAGAAUCGUUGAUUCUUACCCCGGUUAUUGACGAUGACGUAGUGAUGACACCGAUUUAAAAUUUAUUUCAUAGUAUAAAGUAGUGUGUUUUAUCAUUCAUUUUUAUUUAUACAUAACAAGCAACGUUUCUUUCCUUUUAAUUGUUUUAUAUAUCACUAUAUUGCGUUCUUAUCUUUCUUAUCGUUACUGUAUUUAGAUAAAGAAAAAUGCCUUUGUCAUUUUAAUUAUUUCCCCAUUCGUGCACGGAGAGAAUUUUC